AGGCAGCUCCCGUGGCCCUGUGGGGAGCUGGCGGUGCCGGACGGCCGCGGUGCCGCCGGCUCCCCGCGCUACCGGCGGCGAUGCAGCGCUGCUGCUGCGCUCCAGGGCUGCAGCGGCUUUCCAGGACUGAACUCUGCGGAUUGGCCCGCAGCACCCCGCUCUCCUCCCUCCCUGCCCUCCCUCCUCCAGCACCCACAAGCCACGGAGAUUGGACAGCUUGGUGCCACAUGGCAGAGAGGGACCAGGAUAAAAAAAUGAGCCGGGCUUGGGGACUGUAGAGUCCGCGGCAAAGCAGGCGGGAGAAGUUCGCGGAGCGGUGGCACCAACGUUCCCUGGCUGCGCUGAGUCAGUGCAGGGAGGACGGACAGACGGACACACCGGGGCUGCAGCCACCCAGGGACACCUGCGGGGUGAGCACCAGCUGCGCAGCGUCCUGUCCCCUCCGUGCCAGCCAUGUCCCUGGUGGUGAAGGAGAAGAACCACGUCCGGUUGGUUUUCCUUGGAGCCGCCGGCGUGGGCAAGACCUCGCUGAUCCGCCGCUUCCUGAUGGACACCUUCGAGCCCAAGCACCGGCGCACGGUGGAGGAGCUGCACAGCAAGGAGUACGAGGUGUGCGGGGCCACGGUGAAGGUGGAGAUCCUGGACACCAGCGGCAGCUACUCCUUCCCGGCCAUGAGGAAGCUCUCGAUCCAGAACAGCGACGCCUUCGCCCUGGUCUAUGCCGUGGAUGACGCCGAGUCCUUCGAGAGCGUCAAGAGCCUGCGGGAGGAGAUCGUGGAGGUGAAGGAGGACAAGUUCCCUCCCAUCGUGGUGGUCGGCAACAAGGCGGAGAGCGGCGGCGAGCGGCAGGUGCCGGUGGAGGACGCGCUGUCGCUGGUGGAGCUGGACUGGAACAGCCGCUUCGUGGAGACGUCGGCCAAGGACAACGAGAACGUCCUGGAGGUGUUCAGGGAGCUGCUGCAGCAGGCCAACCUGCCCAGCAGGCUCAGCCCCGCGCUCUGCAAGAGGAGGGAGACGCUGCCCAAGGAGCAGGCGCUCAGGCCGCCCAUGAACAAGACCAACAGCUGCUCCGUGUGCUGAGCCGGCCGCCCGGGGCAGGCGCCGGCACCGGCUGGAAACUCAGGUGGGCUGGGUGGGAGAGGCGCUGCCUUGGCCAAAACCUCCCCUGCUGCCUCCCAUCCCUUCCCUCCUCUUCCCCACCCAGCCCACAGGAGUGGAGAGGGUGGGAGGUGACAAGAAGGUGGGAUGCUGGUUGCUGGAUGGGUGUGGGGAAUUCCCACAAAAGCAGGAGGCUCACCUGGGGAGCAGCCGUGGGUCAGCCAGGGCGCCGAGGGGGAGCUGGUAGGCACGGGCAGGGGGGACAAACACCAGGGAUCUGGCAGAUGUGGGCACCUGCAGCUGCAUCAGCCCUGCCAGCACCACUGUCCCAGGGCACUCAGGUCUGGUGUCACCUCAUCCCAAGCACCUCCAACCUCCUGGCAUGGCUCUGGCACCCACAGCACAUCCUGAGUCUUUACCUGGCGUAGAGCAUGUGAUAGGGUGGUCUGUGCAUCACUUUGGUUUUUCUCUAUUCUCUUUCUGUUUGGUUUUUUUUUAAGCAUUCCAAAUAAAUAAAUUGUUGCAAAGUGAAGCUGGAAAAUGUCUUGGUUUCUUU